AUGAUAAAAUUCACGGAGGAUGAAGGGGAACCUUACUCGAAUUCUACAGGCGACAAGAAUAAUCUUCUACUUAACAAAAAAAAAAUUGAAGACUUGAAAAAAAGCAUAGAAAAUUUACUAAAUAAGGAUAAUUCUCUGUCUGACUUAAAUAACAUAAAGAACUCGUUGAGGGAAUUAGAAUUGCAUGCAUUAAAUAAUAAUAAUAGUCCGAAUAUUAGUCAAGGGGAGACUCACAAGUCAGAUAGCACCUACAAUGAUAAAACGGUACACCACAACAAUUUAUUUCGCGCGUAUUUCGAUCAGUUGAAAAACGAGUUGAUAAAACAAAAGAAUUUGAACUCCUGUUUGACAUUAAAACUUAGGAGUAUUCACAUAAAGUUGAAUAGUCUCUAUGUGAAAAAAAGUGAAUUAGAGAAAAAUAUUCAUAAUAAAAUAAAAGAAAUAGAGUUACAAUUUUUAGUCUUUGCCAAUGUGUCCAACAAUGACGCAGCAAUUAAGGUAAAUGCUAACUGGAAAGAAUGGAAUAAUGAAGAUAAACGGAGCACUAAUAACGAAGCUGAUAAGGAGAAAAACUUGAUAAGGGAGUAUAAAAAGAACCUGGAGAUGUACAAGAUGGGUAAGGUACAACUAGACUGCGAAUUGAACUAUUGCAAACAGAAGUUAAAGGAAGAAAUAGAAAAAAAUAAUGAUUACAGAAAUAAAAUAAGAAGUUUUGAAAUGCACAUAAGUAUUUUUAAGAAUGAAAAAGUAAAAAAGGUAGAAGAAUUAAAUGAACUAAAAUUAGAAUUAGAAAAAUUUAAAGGUAUAAAUAAUCAAGUUCAUAUAAAAAAUAAAUUAUUAAAUGAUGAAAAAAAUAGUUUAUCUGAUAUGAACAAUGAUUUAAAACUUAAGCUAAAACAUAUGAAAUCUUUUUUAAAUUUUUCAAAAAAUAAAGAAUAUAUACUUAGCAAUUUUACCGAAAAAAUUUAUGGAAUUAUAAUAUAUUUAAAAAAUAAUGAUGAGUACAAUGUGUUAAAUGAUCAAAUAGUUAACAAGCUAGACUUGGACAAUGAACAUGUAUUCGUUCAAACCGAAUUGUACAUAGACGUUAUCUCGUCUUCCGUGAGAAAACUGGUCGGUAUGAAAAGAAGUUUAGAGGAAAAGGUGAGAGAGUUGGAAUGCACGAAAAACGAAACAAAUAUGCUAAAGAAUGAGCUCUUGAGGAAGUGCAAAAGUUAUGAAGAAAUGAAACUAAAGAUUGAUAGACUAGAAAUAUUAGAGAGGACCAACUUAAAGAUAUGUAAUGAAAAAGAAAAUGAUGAAAAAAAAAUUUUUGAAUUAAAGGAUAAACUAGAUAAGGAUGAGAAAGAAAUACAAGACUUGAGGAAAAGAAAUAGAUACCAUCUUUACAAAAUAAAAGAUUUACAAAAGAAGGAACAAACGUUAAUAAAGGAAAUGAACAAGUUGAAGAUAUUUAUAGAAGAGAACAAUGUACAUUUUGAAAGAAACAAUGAGAUGAAUAGUAGAAGCAUAAAAGAAGAGAAAAAGAGAAAUAACGAAUUAGUAAACAACUUGAAUGAAAUCAAUCAUGAGCUGGAAAGAUGUGUAGAUCAAAUGAAUGCAGCAAGUAAUAAUAUGAAAAGGCUAGAAAAAGAAAAGGAGGAAAUUGAAAAGGAGUUAAAAAUUAUGAAAAUGAAAAAUAGAACUUUACAAAAUGAACUAGACAAAAUAGAUAGACAAAAAAAAGUCAUGAAAUUAAAAAUACAAACAUUGAGUAGUACUAUAUAUGAUAUAAAUAAUAAACUAAACGAAUCGAUAAACAAGUAUAAUGAUGUUGUUCGACACUUGAAUCAUUGUAGAGAUAAAUAUAAGGAAGAAUUAAAAAGUAGAAGUGAUAAGUUCAUUAUACUAAAGAGGAAUUAUAUAUCCUUAAAGGAAGAGUUAGUGGUUAGAAGUAAGCAAUUAGAUAAUAAUGUUAAUACUAUAAAAAAGUUGGAAGUCAAAUUAAAAGUAUGUACAGAUAAAAAUGAAAAAUUAAAUGAAGAGAUAAAAAGAAGAGACUCGUUUAUAAAAAAUAAAGAAAAAAAAAUAAAUUUCUUAACAAAUGUAGAGAAUGAUUUAUUGAAAAAAAAAGAAAUUAAUAAUAUUAAAUUAUGUGAAAAAAGGCAUAUGAUAAAAAAUAAUAUAACAGAAUUACGACAGUUAAAGGAAGAAAAUAAAAAUUUAUAUGAUCAAGUAAGAAAACUAAAGUGUCAACUGAUAAAGGGUGAACUAGAAAGUAGAAGUGUACAUAAAGAAAUGGAAAUAUAUAAAAAUGAAAAGAAUAAAAUACUACUACAUUUAGAAAAAACAUUGUUAGAAAAAGAAAAGCAUAUAGAAAGUAUGAAACAAGAUUUAGUAAAUAUACAAAACAAAAUAGAUGAAAAGAUAAACACAACAGAGCAGAUAAACCAGUUAAACGAAAAGUUGACUACCCUAACGAAAAUGAACGAUACUUAUCAUCUACAAAUUAACGAAUUGAAUAAAGACCUCGAAUGUGUUAGGAAGAAACUUGGUCAAGAAGAGGCUGUAAAAGAAGAGGAAAAAAGAAAAAACAUGGAUUUGUCUUUUUUAUUAAAAGAGUCGGAAAUGAAAAUUAAGGAAAAGGAAAAUAUUAUUGAGGCAUUGAAGAACAGUGAACAAAUUUCAGAUGAGAUGAAAUAUGAGGAGUAUUGUGAAAAAGAGAGAGUGUUAAAAAAAAAAUUUGAUCAAGAAAUGGUGCGCAUCGUAGAAGAGUGUAACAAAAAGGUCGAGUUAGAAAGAAGCGAAUUUCAGGAGAAGAUAAAGACUCUAAAUGACGAGAACAAACGAGUGGUAGAAGAAUGUAACAAAAAGAUUGAGUUAGAAAAGAGUGAGUGCCAGGAGAAGAUUAGGACCUUAAGAGAUAAGUAUACAGAAACCAUUUUCGAAAUACGGGAGGAGAAUAAAAAUGAAAUAAAAAAAAUGAAAAAUGCAUGUGAAAUUAGCUUACAGUCUCAAAUGAUACGAAACGAAAAUGAGAAGCACCUGCAGAAUAGAAUUGACGAAUAUAAUAAUUUACUAAAACAAAGAGAGGAAGAAAUGAAGAUGAUCAUACAAGAAUAUGAUGAAAAAAUGCAAAAUCAAAAUAAAGAAAUGGAAAAUUUAAUAAAUGAGUGUGAAGAAAAGUUAAAAAAGGCUAAAAGGGAAAGGAACAGAGCAAGUACUACUACUAAUGCUACUACUAGCACAAUCGCAGAUAUCACUUCGGAUUUUAUGAACAAUGACAAUGCAAUACGUAUGGAUGAGAAACUGAAAGAAAAAGAAGUAAUAAUAAAGGAGUUACAAGCAGAGGUGGAAUCUAACAAACGUGAAAUAAUCGAAUUGGCCGAAAAAUAUAAUAUAUUAGGAAGCACCAAUAAAAAAGCUUCUGCCAAUAUUACUAGCUUAACAGAGGAAAAUAAAAAAUUAAAAGAGCAGUUAGAACAAAUUAUGAUACGGGAAAAGCAACAAAGUGCGUUGAAGGGAAAUUCAAGCCAACAGUAUGAAAUGAUGGAGGGUGGAGGACGACCUGGACUUCAACGGGAUGAUAGUAUCAGGGUUAUUCCGGAGGCAAGGGAAGAAGAGGAGAUGACAAAACAGAAAGAAGCGGUGAAACAGAAAAAAAGCAACCAGGGGAAGCAAAAAAGAGAAAAAAAUGAAAAAUCUGCAAAAAAGAAAGAGAUAAAAUGUACAAAUGAGGAAAUUGGGGCAAACGGGGCAAACGAGGCAAACGAGACGAACGAGACGAACGAGACGAACGAGACGAACGAGACGAACGAGACGAACGAGACAAACGAGAAAAACAAGAAAAAAGAGAACAAAAAAAAAAAUAAAACAGGCGAAAGAGUAAAACAAACUGAUAUUGAUAAGGAUUACAACGAAAAAAGCGAAGAAAAUGAAAAACACCAUACGUCAACGGAAAAGUCCUAUGAAAAAUACCUACUCCCACUGGAACAGCUAAGUAGUAUAGAAACAAAUUGCUAUCAUUACUUAAACACGUUAAACGAAAAGUUGGAUGAAAUUAUUAGUAGACUAAAGACAAAAGAUGAUGCAUUACUAAAUGAUGCUUUUAACAAAAUCAAUAUGGCCAUUUCCACGUGGAAUAUAUUUACGGAAGAAAAGCCAGUUGAAGUGAAGGCGGAGGGAAUGCAGGAGAACAUUGAAAUCGAAGGGGAAAAGGACGUGGUGGGAAUAAAGGAACACUCAGACGUAGAAGUGGAAGAGCAAGAGGCAGACCCCCCUAACAAUGAACAAUACGAAGCAAUUAAAAAAGAAAUUACAGAAAAGGUGGAGUUAAUUCAGCAGCUGAUCGGAUAA